CAAUGUUCGGACAGUCGCAAUCGAAAUUCGCCCCAACGAGGCAGCCAGCUGCAAAUGGUAGAGACAAAAGGAAAACACACGCCAGUCAGCCAGCAGUCGUGUAGUGAAGUGAAGAAAAGCGAUACACGAAAGGCACACAGCAAAUAGAGAAUCCGAAUAACAACAACAACAACAGCGAAUCGACCAACAAAAUAGAGGAAAAAAAAAAAAAAAGAAAAUAUACACGACACAUGAAAAUUAGCCAAGACAAAAACAGAAAAGUUCGUGUGCAUUAUAUAUUUAUAACGAAUUCCGUUUAGCGCGUCGCAUACAAAAGGUGAACAAAAUACACAGAAUUAAAUUACUAACAAGAAUAACAAAAAGCAAAGCAACAACAAGCAACAAUAACAACAAACAGCACAAAACCAUAUGCAAUGCAAAAAAAAACGAAAAAUACUAAUCCCAGAGCAAAAUGCUGAACCAAGUGAACAAAUACUAAUCGGUUACUUCCUCCUCCUACUAUACUAUAUACAUAUAUACGCAACGCACGAAACAACGCACACCUCACGCACACUCUCGCACAAACACACACACAUUCCAUACACACACACCCUCACUCCUCCCCUGUGAUUGAUGAUGACAACACAGCAGCAACUUGCGGCAGCAGCAGCGUCGACUGAGUCGGCGGCAGCGGCAGCAGCAGCAGCGACGACGACGACAGAGGCCGAGGCAGAAGCAGAGGCCGAGGCAGUGGCAGAGAACGGCAACAGCAACAACAUGACAGCAGCCACAACAACAGCUGGCAAUGGCAGUGCGAGUGGCGGCGGUGGCGGUGGCGGUGGCACCACAAAGCAGGGCAACAAACACAGGUCGAGGUCAUCUGCACGCUACGAUGACGUGGAGCGACAACAGCGAAAAAGUCGCGCCAUCGUCUCCAUACCGAACACCAUCAAGCUGAGCAUGCUCAACAGCGGUCUGCUCUCCUUUGAACGGAUCAAACUCGAGGCGAGGGACGAGAACAAUUCCCUCUCGAAGACCAUACCCAAUGGACCCAUCGAUGUGCGGCAUUUUCUCAAGCUAUGCGAUCUGCGACGCAAAUUCCCGGUACUCUACAAGCUGGAGUUUCAAACGGCCGCCAAGGUGGAGACAAACACUUGUCGGCAUGCGAUGAAGAAGAACAAUCAGGAGAAGAAUCAGAAUCCCAAGUGCAUUCCAUAUGAUUACAAUCGUGUUGUCCUACAGAAGCUAACGGGUGUCGCCGACUCCGACUAUGUGAAUGCCUCCUACGUGGACAGUCUGCUCAAGCCCAAUGCAUACAUUGUGACCCAAGGUCCCGUCGAGGAGACUGUUAACGCCUAUUGGCGCAUGGUGUGGCAGGAGAACAUCAGUGCCAUUGUGAUGCUAACGAAGACCUUUGAUUUCGCCAAAGUGAUGUGUGUGCAGUACUGGCCACCCAACAUGGAGGUGCACGAGACCUAUGGCGAUAUACACAUCAAUAUUGUGCGCGAAGAGCAGUUGGCCAACUUUCACAUACGCACCUUUCGGCUGUACAAGAAGGGCGAACAGGGCGAAGUGACCGACGAGCGUUUGAUCCUGCAAUUUCACUACACCGAAUGGUAUUCUCAUUCGUGUCCCUUUUCGAAUGCGCUGCUCGAGUUUCGGCGUCGCGUGCGUCUCGUUGUGGGCAACAUUAUCAAGGACGAGGACGAUGUGGAUAUGCGUGGCCCGAUUCUAGUGCAUUGCAGUGAUGGUGGCGGUCGGUCCGGUGUCUACAUGUCCAUCGAUGCCAACUUGGAGCUGGCCGAGGAGGAGGAAUCCUUCAACGUUUUCGGCUACCUCAAGAAGUUGCGGCAAUCGCGCAAAGGACUCGUCGAGAAUGUGGAACAAUACAAGUUCAUUUACGACACGCUCGAGGAGCACAUCAUAUGCGGCAAGACCUGGUUUCCCGUCUCCGAACUCUCCGAUCGCCUCAAGGCGAAGGCGCGUCGCAAUUCGGGCACCAAGAUGAACGAAUACCAAGCCGAAUACGAUCAGAUCUGCAAACAGACGCCACGUUUCACCAUCGGCGAUUGUGCGGGCGGACAUCGAGCCGAUAAUCGUGAAAAGAAUCGCGAUGUCCUCUGCGUGCCGCCCGACAAUUUCCGACCGUAUCUGACCAGUUUCCAGGGCAACGCCUUCACCGACUAUAUCAACUCGGUGUUUGUCGAUGGCUAUACGAAGCCACGCGAAUACAUUGUCACCGAGUGGCCCAUGAAGCAUACGCUCGGUGAAUUCUGGUCCCUGGUCUAUGAUCACGAAUGCUCCGCCGUUGUCGUGUUGUGUCAGCCCCCGUCGCAGUCGCAGCAGUAUCCAUCGUUCUGGCCGAACAAGUCGAAAAUGGAGAAAUAUGGGCCCGUGUUUAGUGUACACUAUGUGAUGUCCAAGAGCUAUACGAACAUCAAGCAAUGGGAAUUCAAGAUCAAUAAGAAGAUCGUCUCGCUAACGGAAAUGAUGGCCGGCGUCAAGGCGCCGACACGAACGGUGCAGCUCUUUCAGCUGACAUGCUGGCCGAUGGGGCAUAAGGUGCCAAGCUCAACCAAUUCGCUGGUGUAUCUAAUGAAUAUGGUCGAGAUCUGGCGCAACAAGGUCGACUAUGGACCCGUCUGUGUUGUCUCGCCCGAUGGUCGCAGUCGUGCCGGCGUUUAUUGUGCGGCCAACGCGUGCAUCGAGCAGGUCAUACAGCACGGCGAAGUCGAUGUCUUUCAGGCGGUCAAGACCGUCCGACGACACCGUCCACAGCUCGUCGAGAAUAUGACCGAGUACAAGUACUGCUACGAUCUCGUGCUCCACUACGUUCUUCACUUUCUCAACAAAAAGGAUUGAGCAGGAGGAUUGAUUGUUUGAUUAUUUGAUUUUGAUUUGUUGUUUUUGCAGUCGAAAUGCAGUCCAUUGAGGGAAUUCCCAUUUCCCAUUUCGACGACUGCUUUAUGGUUAACAAACAUUUUAGUAUGUCCAAGUGGUCCACUUUUGAUGCCUAUACAUCUAUGGAACUGUAGAGCUGAGAGGGCUGAGAAGAAGGGCUUGGCACACACACACACACACAUACACACACACACACAGCCUUAAAGCAAUAAUACUGAGUAUUUUUGUUGUGCCCAAACACACACACACACACACACACACAAACACACACACAAUUUGUGGAAAUGCAAUUUCCGAAACCGAUUUUUGUAGUUCCAACAAUUGGAGUUGGAUCAUAGAGAUUUUUAGAUAUAUACUAUAGAUGUACGAUUAUUGAUCUGUAACUGAAUCUGAACUGUACUAUGUGCCAUGUCGAAUGCCCUAAUUGUUGUUGUUAU